AUGAUCCGUUUCCUAUAUUUCCUUUCCACCCUAUCAGUUGCUGCUGCAGCCCCUGCGGGCUCUUCUCCAGCUUUGACAUAUGACUAUGUCAUCGUUGGAGGAGGUACCAGUGGCCUUGUGAUUGCCAAACAUCUCUCGGAAAACUCCAACGUGCCUGUCCUCGUCAUCGAGGUCGGUGGUUCCGUUCUGGAUAACACCAAUGUUACCAGUAUGAAUGGAUACGGACGUGCCUUUGGUACCGACAUCGACUGGCAGUAUAAAUCCGUUCCCCAAACGUGUGGUGGGAACUCCACCCAGGUCCUUCGCGCGGGUAAAGCGUUAGCUAGCACUAGUGUGAUUAAUGGAAUGUCGUUCACCCGUGCGGAGCAUGUACAGAUCGACGCUUGGCAGACCAUCGGCAACAAUGGCUUGACAUGGAAUGCCCUGUGGCCUUAG